AGUUCUCUUCCCCCUCGCGGGAUGAGGAAGAGCGGAUCGAGCGAGAGGCAGGCACAGAGGCUGAAGAACACAGCCACAUCCUCCUCCCAAUCCCCAAUCCAACCAAUCCAAUACAGGGAGGCUUCCUCCGUCGUCUUCGCAGCAGAUUCGCCUGAAUUUGAUUUGGGUUUCUGUCUCAUCGAUGUCGCCGCUCAAGGUUCACAUCGAAGCCAAACUAUUGCCAUGUGUUUAGUGAUGGAUAUCAAUAUCAUGAACACCUGAUCCAGUUAUCCAGCAGAUCGAGAGUGGUUUCCUGCUUUCCUUGAGUCCAGUUCAUGUCUCAAGAAGUGCCUCACAUUUGAGAUUUGACAGAACCAGCUUUUCAAUGUCUGAUCAGCAAAGCCACUCCAGCAGCUAUGGACUCCUCAACACUCAGCCGGAUGUGCAAUGCCUAGUUUGCACAAGACCUUUUACUCUGGAUACUGAGAUUGCCGAUAGCUUUGAAGCUUUAGCCAUAUGCAGGGAGUGCAAGAUGACUGUGCUUAGUGACAACAACAGGGAUGAGCCUACCAGAACUAAUCGACAAACAAGAUGGCGAAGGCAAAGAUCCAGGGUUUCAAGGCAUGAACCCAUAGAGGACGCUUUCUCACAGCAGUUCUCCCAGUUGAUCAACUUAGCUAGACAAGGUCAUGAAGCAGAUGUUGAUUCUCCAACAGUCGCACGUCAGCAUGCAUCAUAUAGUUCUACGCCAAACCGACCCCAAAGAUGGCACGGUUCAGAUGAUGAGAGUGAUGGUUUCAGUUAUGCUGAUUCUGUGUUUGGUGAAAUUGAAUCAAAUAUCAGUUUUGGUGAUGAUGGUGGGGAAUCAGAUGCUUCUCUUGAGCACCAAACCACAAUGGGAAGGGAGAUUGUCAUUCAACUUGACAGUGAGAGCUACAUGAACACAGAUACAGAUAUUGAUCCCAUGAAUGCUGGACUGGACCAGUGGGAUUCAGAUGAUCCAGAAGAUGAUGAAGAUGAGCAGUCAGAAGAAUCUGAUUUGGAUGAAGCAGGCAACGCCAUGCAGGAGCGCUGGCAGCCAUGGCAUGAUAUCGCCCCAAGUGAAUUGAAUGAGCAGGAAUCUGAAGAUACUGUGUGGACCUGGAGAAUAGCUGGAAACCAAGGAAUAAAUGGGACUAAUUUGAAUGCAGACACAGAAGGGCGAGAAAUCAGGAGACAUUUUACUGGGAAUCCUGGUGAUUAUGUUGAUGCAAGACAGUUUGAAAUGCUUCUAGAACAGUUUGCUGAGGAUAACAAUACCACAAGAGGACCUCCACCUGCAGCGACAUCUUCUGUUGAAAAUCUUGCAUCUGUGGUCAUCUCCACCAGCAAUGAGAUAAACGGUAAUUUAAUGUGUCCAGUCUGCAAAGAUGAGAUGCCUAUCAAAACUGUAGCAAAACAGCUACCGUGCAUGCAUCUAUAUCAUUCAUCGUGUAUUUUGCCAUGGCUUAGUUCUAGGAAUACAUGCCCAGUUUGUCGAUAUGAGCUUCCUACAGAUGACAUGGAAUAUGAGAGGUCCAAGCGUGCAACAGCCAAUGAGGGAGGUGUCCAUGGGGUGGAGCAUAACCAUCUGCAGGAAACUGUUGAAGAAACUUCUUAUGAACUUGAGAUUGAAGGAAUUUCUAAUACAGCUGGUGAUACAAUUGAAGAGACUAAUGCACAUGAACAUGCUGUUUAUUCUGCACAGGAGCCAAAUGGAGCAAAUGGGCGCCAUAGAUGGCUGUUUAUUGCAGCAGCUCCAGUUGUAAGUCUUGUCAGUUUAGCUCUAGUUCUAUGCUUCACCAACCCUGCUGGCAAUGUUAGAAGGCAACUUUACCAUAGAUCCCAGAGUACAACUACAACACGUGUAGAUACAAGAAGAAGUUGGUGGUCUAUGUUCUAAUUAUCCAGUACAUACCUGUUGAUCCAAAUUGCUGUUUGAUGACGUGUGAUUGUUGCCAGUGUUGUGUUACUUUUUUGCGAAAAAAUUCAAGUUUAAUUUGAAGUUCAAACUUUGUGUUUGCUGACGUGAUCCAUCAAGGGGUUCUUGUAACCAAGUUCAGGAACAUAAUCCCCCCUCCCCAACCUUGCUCAGUUCAGCAAAAAGCACAUACUGGUUCUUGCUGCUGUUCAACUGUUACCUUGUGUUUGGUAGUUUUCUUAUAUCCGGUUGCUUAGAAGACUGUAAGUAUGUAACUAACACUCUGCCUGAAAGUUUGCCCACGCAUUCUUCAGCAAGUGCCUAAAAAGAUCCGUUGUCUUGAA